AGUAACUAAACCAUAUUUCGAACGAGCGCACAACCAUUCAGUCUGUUCUUAUCCGCUUGUCUGUUAGUCGGUUGCCCCGCUUUGCGUCGUAUUGAACGAAGAACGAAUUAGGAUGUACCAGACGCGAAACAUCAACGAGAGCGCGCCGUACAGGCAGCUGUCGCCGACGACGAGCACCGGGUCCUACAACGACGACCAAUACUCCCCGACGAGCCUCAUGGACCUGACCAACGCCAACGACAAGUAUAUCGUCCCAGUCAACUCGAUCGGAUGUCCACCCAACAACAACAACAACAUUAACAACAACAACGUCGGAGGAGGUGGAGGCGGUGGUGCUUACGGUGCGGGCGGCUACGACGGUUACUAUAACGGCUACGACAUCUACCGUCAACCCUAUCAUCACCACCAGUCCGGUGAAGAGCUACAAAAGUUCAUCAAAGUCGAGGUGGACGUGGACGACGGCGUCCCGGUGCUGAAGACACGAGGAAGGAAACGCAAAUCCGCUUUCGACGACGAGAACGUUUGCUCGUCGCGCUCAAAACCCAGAAGGAAAUCGCCUCAAAGUGACGAGGAUAUCCAGAACCAAAGGAUUAUGGCAAACGUGCGAGAACGCCAGAGGACGCAGAGCUUGAACGAAGCUUUCGCCAGUCUACGAAAGAGCAUUCCCACGCUUCCGUCGGACAAACUCUCCAAGAUUCAGACGCUCAAAUUGGCCGCCAAAUACAUCAACUUCCUCUACCAUAUUCUCUCGAGCUCUUCGCCGGAGUCAGGAGGACACGGAGAUCCGGACGUUAUCGGCAACGUGUGCUCGUACACGGCGCACGAGAAGCUUAGCAGAGCAUUUAGCGUUUGGCGGAUGGAGGGUGAUUGGAACUCGAAUCCCUAGCACCACCACACAAACAUCGCUUUGCUUCCUUCACAAAUAAAAAAAUCAUAAGAAGCGUCUGCAACAAAUCAUUCCAAUUCGCGGUGCAAACAUCCGAAGGACGAACCUCAAAUAUCAUCAAGUGACACUUACAAAGACAAGUGAAACAAAGAAAAACAAAAAGUUCCAAAGUGCCUUCGAGAAACUCAGCGCCAACGAUGAUAUACAUUAUUUUUGUACAGUUUCUAUCGCUCCAUUUUAUUUUGUUUUGUAUUAUAUAACCAAAUUGUAAAUACUUUCGAUGUAAUUAUUAUUAUUUGUAUUUCGCUGGAUGAAAGUGCAAUCAUACAUGUACAUCAAAUACACGUCUCGUCGUCGAAAGUCGCCGUGCACUCACCAUUGUACGUUGUUUGUAAAUAGAACGAAACUCUCCACUA